UAGAUUCGACAGUAUUAUCUACAACUUUAUGAGUGGUUGGUCAGCAAAUUAUGGAUCUCUAUUAGUGAAUUUCAUUAGUGAUUUUAUUUGUUUUGAUAUAUAGGAUUGAAUGAAAAAUGAAUCUUUUUCUGUUUGGUACCUGGAUGUGGUUGGUUUCCGUACAACUUGUUGGAGAACCCGUAAAGAGUGAAUUACUGGCAGUUGUUGUGAUAUUUCGACAUGGCGACAGGGCGCCAAUAUAUUUCCCGUAUCCCACCGACCCCUAUGCGGAAAUGGGACACAAAAUAUGGCCUGACGGUUUUGGACAAUUAACAAACCUUGGAAAAAAACACACUUAUGACCUUGGGAAGUGGUUACGGAACAGGUAUAAAGGAUUUCUGCCUGAUCUCUACAGCCAUAGAGAUAUCAGAGUUGAAUCAUCCAACACCGACAGAUGCCUCAUGUCAGCUGNGAAGAGGGGAUGGGUAGCAAGACUCAAUUCAGGACCUCUAAUCGACCUAAUAGCUACUAAGUUCGAAGAUAUUAUCAAGAAUGUGACUGACACUCCAAAGUUUCUGAUGCUUUCGGGUCACGAUAUUACAAUAAUGAGUGUACUCUCAUCUUUGAAGUUGCUUGAGGAUUCCGCUCCAGAAUAUGCUUCUGCACUGAUCUUUGAAUUGAGAAGUAGCGAAAACCAAGGCCAGUUUGUUAAUAUUUUAUACAAAAAUCAAACAUACAACGAAAAAGUCGUCAAACUCCGUUUGAAUGAACGUGAAUUCAAUUGCAAAUGGGAGGAUUUCAGGACUACAGUUGAGCCACUGAGGGUUAGUUCGAAAGAGUGGAAAGAGGAAUGUUCAAUGGCCUAAAUAAGUAUAAUGAUUUGGAGAUAGUUGUAGAAAGUUUGGAUGAAUAUAUUUUUUAAUGGAGUUCA